CAAAACCCCAUCGCCCUAUAUAUGGUCGCUGCAUAUCUACUCCCCAAACCCUCUCUCUUUCAUUCGCAACUUGCUACUCUUUUUGCUCUCUUUGUUUCCACCGAUUUCCAGAAGCAGCAUCAUCAUGUUGGUCUAUCAAGAUUUGAUUACUGGUGAUGAGCUUCUUUCAGACUCCUUCCCCUACAAGGAACUCUUGAAUGGGAUCCUAUGGGAAGUUGAAGGAAAGUGGGUGGUACAAGGAGCAGUGGCUGUUGACAUUGGCGCAAACCCUUCUGCUGAAGGAGCCGAUGACGAUGAAGGUGUUGAUGAUCAAGCAGUGAAGGUGGUCGACAUUGUCGAUACCUUUAGGCUCCAGGAGCAACCCCCUUUUGACAAGAAGACGUUUGUCGCUUACAUCAAGAAGUACAUCAAAACUCUUACUCCCAAGCUUGAUGAAGAGAAGCAAGAAUUCUUCAAGAAAAACAUCGAGGCUGCAACGAAGUUUCUCCUCUCAAAGCUCAGUGACCUUCAGUUUUUUGUCGGUGAGAGCAUGCAUGAUGACAGUACAAUAGUGUUUGCUUACUACAAAGAAGGUGCAGCUGACCCGACAUUUUUGUAUUUUGGUGUGGGGUUGAAGGAGGUUAAAUGUUGAGAAAUAUUAUCUCGAGCCAGUGACCGAAGCCCGCAAAGAGUUGAGGCGCUUGCUGUAGUUGUUGCUUUAAGUUUGGUUUUUGUUCUAUUAAGAUAUGGAUCAUUUUUUUGGAUGUUUGGUUUUAUUUUUGGACUGCAGCUGGUAUUUGAUAUAAGUAACUUUUAUCUUUGAGACUGA